GCACAAACUCGCUGGGUUCCGAAAGCCGCCCCGAGCCCAGAAGCUUCUCUCUUGCUCCUGGUGGGAGCUCCCCCCCCUUCUCCUCUCAUGGCUCCCACCCUGCCCAUGGAUGCCCUCUGGCAGUACCAGUUCCGCCUCAUCCUGCUGGGGGACUCCACGGUGGGCAAGUCCUCCCUGCUGAGACGUUACACCGAGGGCGUCUUUGUGGACUGCAUGGACCAGACGGUGGGAGUAGAUUUCUACAUCCACUUUGUGGAAGUAGAGCCUGGGGUCCAGGUGAAGCUCCAGUUCUGGGACACAGCGGGCCAGGAGCGAUUCAGGUCGGUGACGCGCUCUUACUACCGGAACUCAGCGGGGGGACUGCUGCUGUUCGAUGUGGCCAACCGAGCAUCCUUUGAGAAUGUUCCCAAAUGGCACCGGGAGGUCCUGGACAAAGUGAAGCCCUUCGAGGUCAUCUUCCUGGUGGUGGGGCACAAGAGCGACCUGGCGGCCGAGCGACGGGUGAGCCCCGAGGAGGGAGAGCGGCUGGCCGCCUCCCUGGGGGCUCGCUACGUGGAGACCUCGGCCAAGAGUGACAGCAACGUCGCCCUGGCCGUCCAGCUGCUGGCCCAGGACAUCUACGCGGCCGUGAAGAAGGGGACCAUGGGCCCGAGCUCAGAGUGGGACGGGGUGAAGAGCCGGGUGCCGGCCCACCCUUGGCAACAAGAGACGAAGGGCAGUGGGGAAGGGUGGAAGUGUCCGUGCUGGUGA